AUGUGGAGUGCUCGCCUCCGACCACGGUCGCUGCGAGUCAUUUUCUCCUCGCGCCAGCUGUCGAGCCUUCGAGGUAGAGGGACUCAUCGUGGCCCGCGCAACAGCAUAAUCCGACCCCCUCCUAUCCCUCCAGCGAGAAGACAAGUUGAGACACCCAAGCAACCAUAUGUACCAGACGCCGAAUCUCAGCCUGAGCGCCAGCCUCAAGAUGCGUAUCGAGCCAACUACGAUCCGGCGCAAAAUACUCUACUCGCCCCUGUCCAUAUCCCGGAAGACCCAAAUGGAGUCCUCAAGGAGAGCCACCCUGCUGUAAGCGUCCUGGCAAACUCAGGAGUCGUGGUUCAACGGCAGUUGGAGAUGAUGAACGUCAUGAUUGGAUUUGAGCAAGCCAAUAAAUACGUAAUAAUGGAUGCACAAGGGAACCAUAUUGGGUACAUGGCAGAGCAGGAAAAGGGGAUGACCAACGCCAUGGCGCGGCAAUGGUUUCGGACACACCGAAGCUUCGUGACGCAUGUAUUCGAUCGUCACGAGAAUGAAGUCCUCCGAUUUCACCGUCCUUUCUCCUGGAUCAAUUCCCGAAUCCAAGUAUACGACCCUCUCGAUACCACUACCAGAAGCCAUUCUUCUUCAACCGCUCUUCACAAUACCACACCCGGUUCGCUCGUACAGGCCGAGGUAUCAUCCAAUGCGCGCGUGUCGCCACUUGGAUUCGACGAAAUGCGCGUCAUCGGUGAAGCCCAGCAGCAGUGGGCACCAUUGCGACGAAAGUACAACCUAUUCACCUAUCAUCAGUCACCGAACCCCGCGACCGAUAUGGGCACUCAGAAAUUCCCCUUGGCAGGAUCAGAGCUGUCCAACGCUCAACAAUUGCAUCUGACACAGAAAUCCCCACAAGGCGAGGGCGAAUUCAACCAGUUUGCCUACGUCAACGAGCCAUUCCUGUCCUGGGACUUCUCUCUACUUUCCGCCGAUAACCGCCUGAUAGGGUCUGUCAAUCGUGAUUUUGCAGGCUUCGCGCGUGAAUUCUUUACUGAUACCGGUGUAUAUGCCCUGAGAAUGGACUCUGCAGGGCUUGGUACUCAAUCCGCUGACGGCAAUAUCCCCACAGCGAUGACCCUUGACCAACGCGCUGUGAUGUUGGCCACGGCUGUCAGUGUCGAUUUUGACUACUUCAGCCGACACAGUGGAUCAGGAGGCUUCGGUUUCAUGCCUCUCUGGUUCCCCGGUAUGGGCGGCGGAGCCGCUGAAGGAGCUGCUGCUGGAGAAGCCACCGGGGCUGCUGGUGGUGCUGCUGCCGGUGAAGCUGGCGCCAUUGGUGAAACCGCUGCAGGCACUCUUGGAAGAGCGGGGGCUGCUGGUGGUAUGGCCGACGGCAUGGCUGCGGGUGCCACAGGUGCUGGAGCCAUGGCUGGAUACGAGGCGAUGCAACGAGGAUUCUCAGGUGAUCAAAGCUCGCAACCAGUUCCCCCCGAGCAGGCUGAUGCACCGCAAUCGCCUGACCAGCCCGAUUUCUAUCAUGACUACAACCCUCCGCCUUCCAAUGAACAGCAGGAAGAUGUAUGGGGCUUUGGCGAGGACCCUUGGAGCGACGGCGGUGGCGAUGAAGGAGGCGGCGAUGAUUUUGACUGGUUUUAG